UGUCUAACAUUUUUUUUUCUGCUUGUUUGCUUGUGUUAUGUUGAAAGCACUGAUGUACUCGAGGUGUGUGUGGUCACACACUUCAGUACAAAUGUCAGUUAAUACGUAUCACGUUUACUGAGAAGUACAGCACGACGCCGUUGCUUUUAAUUGUGUAUUAAAAAUUAUUGAGUGAGAAGAAUUAUUUUGUUAACAAUUUCAACAAUUUCAACUACUAACAAAAAAACGUUAAAAAUACACAUCAAUUGUUCCAAAAUUUGAAAGUAAUGAAGGACACAUCUAACUUCACAUGAACUACAUACAUAUAUAUGAUUCAAUUUAGAAAUGUUCGUUUAUUUGUGAGUUAAUACCGAACUAUCUUUAAGUUAUUGAUCUAUUGAAAUGAAACUUUAAAAAGGCAGUUUAUAUAAAUCCAAGUAGAUCAAAUCUGAAUUGGACGGAAUUAACUGUACUUUGCAUAUGAAAUUAUGCCAAAUUUAUAUGUUUGUCAAAAAUAAGAUUUUGAAGGUUUAAAGGUUUAAAAUCUCCUAUUAAAAUAGGAGUUAAGAUUAUUGAAUCUUCAGCAAAAUUAAAUUCUAAUCUUUGUUUAAUUGAAAAUAAAUUUUGGCCAUUGUAAUUUAUAUAUCAAAAAUAGAUAAUGGACGCAUUUGAGGCAAUUAAAGACGUUGUCGAAGAACAAGACAAAGCAAGUUAUGAGGUAAAUAAAGAUGCAAUCAAAGAGAGAUCAGUUUCCAGAUAUGAGGCAAAUAAGAAUGUUUUCAUAGCACGUGCAAAAGCAAGAUAUCAAGCAAAUAAAGAAGCUAUCAAAGAACAAUCAAAAAAAAGAUAUGCGGCAAAUAAAGCUAUUAUUAAGGAAAAAUCAAAAGCCAGAUGUGAGUCAAAUAAAGAACAAACGGGAGUAGAUGUAAAUAAAGAUGAUAUUAAAGAAAGAUUCGGGGCAAACUAUAUAGUAAAUGAAGAUACUAUCAAAGAACAAAAAGAAGUAAAUACGGAUAUUAUUACAGAGCAAUUAACAGCAAGAUUUGAGUCAAAUCAACAAACUCAAAAUCAAGUAUAUCAAGAAAAUGUAGAAAAAUUAUUGGGACAAGAUGAAUACGAUGUCAAAAAAGGACCGAGAGAGAAAUGUGGGUUACAGACUAACAAAGAUGUUUUCAAGGAACGUUCAAUAAGAAGAUAUAGGGCCAAUAAAGAUACUAUGAAAGAAAGAUCAAAAACAAGAUAUAAGGAGAAUAAGGAUGCUAUCAAAGAACGUUCAAGAGCAAGAUAUUGGGCAAAUAAAGAAGCAAUCAGAGAACAGAAAAGAGUUUAUUAUGAGGCAAGAAAAGAUUUUAUAAAAAAACAAUCAAAAGCAAAAACUGAGGCAGAGGAGGAUAUUAUCAAAGAACAAUCAAUGAAUAAAUAUGAGGAAAUGGAAAACAUUGAUAACAAUGCUAGAUUUGAAGUAAAUAAAGACGAUAUCAAUAAGCUGUCAUUAGCAAAUAAUGAUAGAAAUAAAAAUAAUAAGAAAAAAAGAAAUAGAGCAAGAUAUGAGGCAAAGAAACAUAUUUUUCAGGAACAAUCAAAAGCAAGGUAUCAGGCCAAAAAAGAUUCACUGAGAGAACAAUCACGGGCAAGAUAUGCAGCAAAUAAGGAUGCAAUCAAACAACGAGCUAGAGAAAAGUAUGCAGCAAAUAAAGAAAGUAUAAAAGCAAAAUGUAGAGCAAUUAAAAAAGCUAUGAUAGAAGAGUUUGAACGAAAUGGAAACUGCAAGUACAAAAAAAGGCCAAAUAAAAUGUGGAAGCCUACAGAAGAAAGGGCUCUCAUGAAUUUUUUGAAAGAAAAUACUGAAUUUGAGAAACCAACGGCAAAGGUAUUUUAUGAUCGUUUUCUUCAUGACAGCGGUGUAAAUGCUGACUGGAAGAUGGUUCGCUCAAAAAUGUUCAACAUGCGAAAGACUUAUAAAAAAACUAAGGAGUGGUUAAAAAACGAAGGAACAGCAAUAACAGAUAGCGAGGAACUAAAAAAUGCCAUACGUAACAAAUUUCGAUUUUAUUACGACUUCGAAAUAAUUUUUGGGUCCAAUUCAAUUAAUUUAUGCCAAAUUGCUAAUACUGAUUCAGAAACAAAAACUAAUCAGGCGGCGACAAGUGAAGCAUCCGUUACCAUAGUCAAGAAUGAGAACGAAGCAUCAGAAAUUUGUUAUGACAAAAUGCUAAGCGCAAGCAAUGACAGAAGUAUUUCUGUAUCUGAAACCUUGUUAAGCGAGACAGAGAACCAACCUACUGAAGAUGUUUUGGAAUAUAGUUCAUCUAAUUGCUGUAGCGGAGUUUGCUUACGGUUAACUGCACUCAAUAUGGUUCAAAAUCGGGAGGACAUUUUAACAUUGAGCAUGGAAAAAAUGAGCUACGAUUUAGUAUUUAGAAAGAAAAAACUGCACUUGCUUUAUAGACAGGCGGCACUACAAGAGGAGGAACUAAAACUUAAAGAAAGAGUUCUAAAAAGUCAAGAGCAUUUAAAAAUUUUGGAGUUGCAAAAAAGAGAAGAAAUUGCAAUGGCAGAACUUGAACUUAAAUAUAAGAAUUUAAAUUGAAUUAUUAGGGAUAUAAAUUUUCAC